UCAUAGAGUGAGGAUGUCCGCUCCGCCAUAUCGUAUAUAACUUCACCUGCCCCCGACCACUUACCACUCGUCCAACCAAUACUCUCCAAACUUGAAUACUAUUAAAUACAUUUACCAAGGAGUUAUAUAUUGAAGGAAAUAAAUAACUCAGCGUAAGGACAUAAGAGAAGUGUAUAUAAUUUUGUGUUUUUAGUGAAAGAGAACUUUUGGUUGGCUUAAGCUGUCAACGUUACACAGGAGGUUUAGCCAAGAUUAUCUCCCGACUUCCCAAACUCUUAUAAAAAUAAUCCCCGGAACUCACUUGUGGACGAGACCAACUCCCUCCGUCAAGAUGGAUAUAACGUAGACUCCUGACAAUGUAGAAACUUGAUCGAACUUUAUAAAGACGAUUUAGAACAAAAACAACUUAAAAAAUAUAAAAAAAUACGAAAAACUCAAAAUCCUGUGUUGGGAAAGAGCCAGGAAAAAUUAGUGAACUCUGCGGAAGUUUUCUGCAAAAUUGGAAACGAGGCUUGAAAUUUCUCGCCCAAAUUCAGAAUCUGACGUCUAAAGUUUCCCCCUUAAAGCCUCACCUUAUUUACAAAGAAAACGAAGAAUUUGAGAAGCUGAUAGUGUAAAGAAAAUGGGUCGUGGCGUCUUCAUGGUAGCUGUUGCUGUCUUUCUACACGUGGGUGUGAGUGGUUGGCGCCAUGAUGGAGCAGUGACCCAUCGGAAGCACAGUAACAGGGCUACCAACAUUGGGCGACUCUUACCGGAGCUGCAGAACAAUACGGUGGUGGUGGCACAGGUUGGCGGCACUGCGACCAUUAAGUGCUACACAGUGUUCCUUGGUGACGAGAUGGUGACAUGGAUGAAGCGAGACGAGGAUCAAUUACUGGCGGUGGGGACACAGGUGUAUUCCUCAGACGCCAGGUACUCCGUUGCUCACCUGAGACACGACAAGCUGUGGGAGUUCUCUGUGAGGGCCGUCCGGAAGGCUGACGCUGGCCUGUAUGAGUGUCAGCUCACCACACACCCUCCCACUGCACUCUUCUUCACUCUCAAGGUUGUAGAGGCACGGGCCGUCUUGGGAGGAGGAGCCGAGGUGCACGUACACAAGGCGUGUGGGCUCCGGUGUACGGUAGAGUACGCCACGGAACCCCCUGCUUACGUCUUCUGGUUCCACAAUCACACUAUGAUUAACUAUUCCCCACGACGGCCACUCAGAGUCCUUCAUCACCACCUGGGCAGCUCCCUCGUCAUCACCAACGUUACCUGGGAGGAUGCUGGGACGUAUACCUGUGAACCUCAUCUAGCGGAACCUGCUAAUCUUACUCUCCAUGUUGUGGAAGGUGAGAAACACGCAGCUCUACACAACGGUCAAAACGAUGGGGCUGAACAAGAAGUCACUGCCGCUGCCGCCUCCUCCUCCUCCGCUGGACAUUCUUCUCACAACCCGUCAACUUUCCUCCUAAUUGGCUACUGCUGUCUGCUGAAAAUGCUGUCGCUCUUUCAUCAUCCAGCCUGUGAAACUUUAAACACUGACAGUUCAUCGUGGUUAUGAGUGUCAAAAUGGAACUUGUGUACUGUGUGUCUUAAGUCAAAUAGAUUAGAUUUUGUAUAUAGGUUUAGGUGAUUAUCGUGUGGGGGACGUACAUAGAUUACGUUCACAAAGAGAGAGAGAGAGAGAGAGAGUAUGUGUCAAGUAUGAGAACGUUCACAGGUCAGUAGUGAAGAUCAAUAAGGAAGGUACUGAACGUAAUUAAGAUAAAGGAAUACAAAAAUAUUGAAAUAAGGUGAACGUAAUUAAUGUAGAGCUCCAGUGAUUACAAGAGACAGAAUGUAAUCGGUAAAGAGUCCCCACACACACCUGAGUUUCCACACCUGACUCGUCCAUACCUGAGUCCCCUCCACACCUGUAUGUUCUCGUGGUGGUGCACGGGUAAAAGCUCUCUUCACUACCUCUGGGACAAUGACGUUGAUACCAGAAAUCUAACACAGGUUUAUUGUUUAUUUAUACCAUUCAGGUUCAAAGUUAACAUGACACACACACACACACACACACACACACACACACACACACACACA